AUGGCUCAGCCUGGUAACACCGAAUUGGAGCUACAACAACUCAAGCAGAAAUUGGAUUCAGUAGUAUUUGGUCCCGAAUUCGUGGCUUUAGAUGAGCGCUUUGUGCCGCAUGGACCAGAAACCACAGGCUUUGAAAUAGAGCCGCGCGUUAGCUCCUUUUAUAGUGCACUGGGACCUGAUGAUGACGACGAAGAAGACGACGACAUUGAAAGUUGUGAAUUGCCUAUCAAUCGCUACGCUGGUGUCAUUUAUGCUGCGCGUUAUUUUGUGACCCGUGUGGGGUUUCUACGCUCGGCCAAGCGGCUCUUGGUGCUCAGUAGCAAUCACUUGACUAUAGUAGAUCCAUAUUCAGAUGAAGUAAAGGAGCGUUACGCUUUCGACAAUAUCAAGGAAAUUACGAUUGCCUCGGACAGUGGUAACCACAAUGCCGACCGCGCCUUUACUAUUUAUAUUGGAAAAAGUCUCAAGGAAACGUACACAUGCAGAUGCAGACAACAGCUUCUGUCAGCUUACUAUCAGCUUAGAGAGCGGGCAUCAUCUAUCCGAAAGGACGAAAUUGAUGCUGCUACCGCAGAUGCCUUGAGCGCUGUUGGAGCGAGUGUGAGUGACAAUAGCUGGGCUACGAGUUCGGGAGGACCAGGCGGUACCCACAAGCUUGGUAGUGGUAUGUAUUUUGACAGUUUGUUUCAACUCUGUGGAAAGACAUUUACGAUGUCAAAGCUCAGUACGACACGUAGUAUUGCCAUUCAGCCUGUUAAAGUAGGCGUGUUACUGGCUGUACGUGCUGCUAGUUUGGACAGACUUGAUCCGGAAACACACACGACACUGUCUUCAAUUUUAUUGAUUGAUAUUGUAAAGAUCCAACGGGUGAAUACAAAUUCAAAUGAGCUAGUACUGUAUUUUGAAAAUAAUCGAAUCCAUCGAUAUUGGUGCGAUAGUCGGGAGCCAUUUAUCCAAGCAAUUGCGAACAAUUUACGCUCGUGGCUUAGUGUGUCGUUGUUUGUAGAGGAAGUUUCGGAUUCUUGUGAAUUUGAUGCCCUGACGUCGACAAGAGACAUUCCACAACCGGUUACGUUUGAGAUGCCAGUGCUAAAGAUAAGUAAAAACAAGAACGACAAACUGCAGUUUCGCUUGCUGGGUUUGACAGCAUUAGCAAUCAUUGAAAGAGAUCCUGUGACGCGGAAGACUUUGGCAAGUCACUCGCUUAAUGAUAUUUUCAAUGUGGUCGUAUACCCAUCAGUGUCGUCAUCACGAGAUGACCUAAACAGCGAAUCCUCAGAAGGACUGAGUGGAAAAUUUGCUCUUGAAUUGAAGCACGGAUUGACACGUCGGUACAUUUGCCUUGGCUCAAGAGUGAGUAGACGCGAUAAAGAAGUCGGUCUUGGACUAAGCCAUGUAAUGUCACAGCAUGAGCAUGAGCUUCGCCAGCUUAUCGGUGACAUCGCCGGUCAUGGUGAAAUUCCUGAGUGGCUUAAAGUAGCUGGAGCCACGACGCUACUGAGUCAAAAGGAAGCGCGGAGUCUAUUUUUGAGUAACAUGAUAGAAAUGUGUCGUAUGAACAAAUUGCACGUACCAUGGUCAACGGAGGAGACGAAAAUUGCAUGCAAAGAAGGAAGUUGGGGCACAGAAGUUCACCCGGAGUGGGAGGAUAUACUGUUGCGCAAACUGGUUAAUCUGAAUUUUAUCCCAAAUCUUGUCACGAACGAUAGCAUGUCACUCGUCUAUCACCAUUUAGUUCAAUUUAAUCGCAAUAUUCCGUUGGGAGGUUUACGUCAGCGCGACCGACGCGCAUUCGCGAGUUUAAUGAAAAUUCUUGAAAAUGUUAAAGAAUAUUCAGUGGCUCAGCUAAACAGUCCGUCGAACACGGAUGCACCUAUCCCAACAACGGAGUUUCAGGUAGAACUAUUGCUGGCUAUUCAGCGACUACUAUGUACUCGUGGAGUCUUCGAAGAAAUUCCUAGCUCACAGUAUAAGAAUAGCAUCGAAGUGAUCAUGGAAUUGCUUCACUCCCCAAUGGAGGAAGUAAGCUUUGCUGCAGCAUGUGUAAUAAAAUACAUGGUGGUCAACUUCUCAGAUACGCGCAGUCUUAAAUCCGAAUUGGCCAAUCGUCGAGCAAUAUUUACAAAAUACCAUUGCAAAAUGUACGUGGCUCGCGCAUUUGAUUUGUCCAAGACCAAUCGAGUGGGUCGCGUACCUUUUCAUUCAUCAAAGUUUGGAUCAAUUUAUGGGUCAGUGGCGGCAAUGUCUAAUACUGAACGCAGCAUCGCAAAUGCGUUGGCAUGCUCACAAUUAGGAUUGGAUUAUCUCGUCCUCGUUAUGGUCUUGCAAACUCUCGAAGUUUGUUUGUCUAGUGGAAAGAAAGCAACUCCCGAAAGAGUUGCAAGGGAUUUACUGCGAGCUAUGAAAGUCGACGAUUUUUCCCGUCAUCAUGCUUUGUUUUUAUUUAACCGAUCGUUGAGUUUUUCUAUAACAAAAUGUUCAUCAAUCCUGGUAAAAGUGCACAUUUUAGAGCAGCCAACCGAACUUGUUGAGCUGAUUCAAGACUUUGCACGAAAGCAUGGAGCACUGGUUUGGCAGCUUUACUUGGCACUGUAUACCCAAGACAAGGCUCAACGCCGGAUAUCGUCUCAGUUGGUAGCGCUUCUUACUCAUGAAAAUCCUCGCUCUUCUUUCGUGAUCCGAAAUAUAUUUCCGCACUCGUUGCUAGACGACCAGAAAGUAAGCCAAGUGGAAUAUGACGAGUUUGUCUGGAGGUCGACGUGA